UUUCAGUGCUCUCAUAUUCAAGACUGCUAUACCCACUGUCCGCCUUACUCGCAUUGUACCAGUUACUCGCAUUGUACCAGUGCACAGUAAGCUGCAUGUUUUAGACCGUUGAGUUUUAUUUCCAAGAACAUGACAAACGCACGGUUAUUAGCGGUCGUUAUAUUUUUGAAAGUUUUUGGAUCAAGUGCGGACAUUACAGCAAACGAUGUCCACAGUAUCGUAUCCAUGGGGACGGAUCCCACGGGAUUGGCUUCCUCAACCGAGACGCGUACGAGCUCUGCAGCGGAUGCGUGUUCAGAAAAACGACGUAAAGGGCCUGUGGCUACAGAUACAAAGCCAGAUACACCUGCAAUGACAGAUCAACACCACGACUGUGAUAGCAUAAAUAAAGCAAAGGAAGUAUUGAAAGAUGAUGUCAUACAGCGUAAAGAUGACGUCAUACAGCGUGCGCUAACUCCAAGCUUGUUUUCUAACGUCCCGCCAACCAUUCAUUUUGUGAGGCAAGAGGAACAAGUGGAGGAACUACCGACUGCUGCAAAGAAACGUUUAAGAUACUAUCACAGUAUAAAUAAAGUCAUUGAAGAGUUCGUAACCAGAGUUGGUUUCACACCAACAAAAGAACCCCAGAUACACAGCUUCUACUUUGGCCAACCUUACCAGCUACACCGGACAGAUUCCUAUCAGACGGUUAAGCCGCACCAAAAGUUCAAUCAUUUCCCAGACUGCUGGGCACUUGGUUGCAAACAUCAUCUCGCAGACAAUCUACAAAGACAUAAACUUAGACAUGGCGAAGAUGAAUUUGACUUCGCUCCCCAAACUUUUGUCUUACCGCGGGACAAGGAUGUUUUCCUGCAAACUUUGGAUGAAAGCGACGAAGAUCAAGCGUGGAUAAUUAAACCGGCUUGCAGUCAUGGUGGGCAGGGUAUUGAAGUGAUAACCAAAGGGCAGCGGGUGAUCGUAAAACAAGAAUCCGUCGUACAAAGGUAUAUACCUAACCCCAUAUUGAUAGACGGACAUAAGAUGGAUAUCCGAGUUUACGUCCUCGUGGGGAGUAUAGAUCCUCUGAGGAUCUACAUGUAUGAGGAAGGGCAAGUACGGAUAGCUCAUGAAAGAUAUUCCACGGAUAACUUCAACAAAUUGACGACGCAUCUAACCAACUUUGACGUGACCCUUGCGAACAUUAACAACGACGUCAAAAACGCCGCCAAACACAAACGCAAACCGCUGUCGUGGUUUUGGGAGCACAGUGGUGUCCAACGACAGCCAGUGUGGGAUAAAAUCAAGGACAUCGUUAUCAAGUCAAUCAUUAGCGGUGAAGCAAAGAUACGAGACGCAACCCUAUCGAACAUGGCAAGCAGAUACAGCAACUAUGAAUAUCUGGGAUUUGACAUUUUUCUUGACGAUGAUCUAAAACCCUGGAUUAUGGAAAUCAAUACGUCGCCCAGAAUGACUUAUAGAACAUUAAAAGACAUGAAGAGCCGCAUGUACAGAGAUUUGUUGAACCUGGUUGGCGUUCAGAUUCCAGACCAAGAUUUAGCGAAUCCGAAGGAAAAGAGCAAAGACACGUUUCCAAAACACCUUGUUAUGGACCACCGGCUGUGGAAUUACUCUCUAACUAACGAAGAAAGGGAAAAACAUGAUACCUACACAGCCAUUAAAGACGAGAAACUCCAACAAGCCAUGCUGGACGACCUGAAUCCCGAUGAUAUCCGGAUCUUGAUCGAAACUAUGGAUGAAAACAACCGCAGGGGCGGGUUUGAAAGAAUAUUCCCAACGCCUGACACAAAGAGAUAUCACAAAUUAUUUGAGGGCCCAAGAUAUUAUAACCUCCUCCUCCAUCACUGGAUUCAACGUUAUCAGCACAAUGAAGAAGAAGGGAUCAAAGUUCUGGAGUCGUACUGUAGACAGUCAAAACAUCUCCAACCUUAGGGAACCAAAUUUGAUAAUCCUGGUAUAGCAUCAGUUGUGGUCAUGGAUACGACGUGCUGUCGUAUCCGCCUGAGGACUUCUGGCAUAUCUUUAAGACUUGAUAAAAAAAAGGAAAAGACAGCAAAAACUUGUGAUAAAAAAUUUAGAUGGACGUGAUUUUAUUAGGUGUACAAUUCUAGUAAUUUACUUUUUUACGUCUUUUACCCUUGAGGUGCUAAUAAAUAAAUAAAUAAAAAUUAAUUGAUGGAACA